CAACACCAACUACCAAACCGACGCGUACAUAAAUAUCACAUAGGCAGAGUCUCCCUCGACCACGAGCGACAGCAGCCAUGAGCACUAACGAGCCAUUCUACUUGCGAUACUACUCUGGUCAUCAAGGCCGCUUCGGACACGAGUUUCUGGAGUUUGACUUUCGUGUUCUUGGAGACGGCCGCAGCGCAUCUGCACGCUAUGCAAACAACUCGAACUACCGCAACGACUCACUGAUCCGAAAAGAGAUGUGUGUCAGCGACACCUUGGUGGCUGAGAUCAAGCGUAUUGUCAAAGAAAGCGAAAUCCUCAAAGAAGAUGACACAAAGUGGCCUCAAAAGAACAAGGACGGUCGUCAAGAGCUGGAAAUUCGGUUAGGGAGCGAGCACAUCUCCUUUGAAACUGCAAAAAUCGGAUCGCUCCAGGACGUGUCAGAAUCAUCGGACCCCGAAGGCCUGCGUGUGUUCUACUACCUGGUACAAGAUCUCAAGGCUCUUGUCUUUUCUCUAAUAGCCCUCCAUUUCAAGAUCAAGCCAAUCUAAGCUUUUAAUGACGGCUGGUUGUGUGGCCUGUGGGCUCGCUGAUCCCGGGAGAAGGGUUGUCACCACAGCCACAGCAGACGGCACGCAUUUUUAUUUGCAUCCGACGGAAGAUCAGACACACGGAGUCGAGUAAACGAAUGAACAUAUCUCCACAGCUGGCGGUGUCCAACUAUGCCCAGCUCUGCGUAAAAGGGCGUGCAGAUAUUGAUGUUGAACGCAUGCUGGCGAGGGAGCUACUAGCACUUUGACCAACGACAUGCAGGCCUCAUGCUCGGAUAAGGGUUUGUUAUUCUAGAUAGACGCACGUCUGUGAAUUUAUCCAUCAAGGUUGACGUGCUUGCAUGCGUGUUCCGGCGCGAUGAAGCUCGCCAUGGGCAUGGUUGAAUGUUUGGG